AUGAAUCGUCAAAUUACCCUCGCUUCCCGACCCGCAGGGUACCCAAAGGAAUCAGAUUUCAACUUGGUUGAGGUACCGGUUCCAGCACCCGAAGACGGAGAGGUCUUGGUAAAGACUAUCUACCUCUCGGUUGAUCCAUAUAUGCGCGGACGCAUUAAUGCAUCGAAGUCUUACGCCGCCAAUGUGGAAAUUGACGAAGUGAUGAUAGGUAGCGUUAUCGCGCAGAUUGUCGCAUCAAAGCAUCCAAAUUUUCAGGUGGGUGAUGUCGUCAAUGCGGGUAUCGGAUGGCAGGAAUACGGUGUUGCUGCCGGCGAUGGCUUAAGGAAGAUUGAUCCGACAAUCGCACCUAUCUCAACUGGAGCAGGGAUUCUCGGUAUGCCCGGUCUGACAGCCUACUUCGGCUUGCUUGAGAUUGGGAAGCUUCAAGAACGGGAGACUGUGUUUGUCUCUGGUGCCGCUGGCGCAGUGGGUUCCGUCGUCGGACAGAUCGCAAAAAUCAAAGGGUGUCGGGUUGUCGGUUCUGCGGGAACUGAUGAAAAGGUCGCGUACAUCGUUGAUGAACUCGGCUUUGAUGAUGCUUUUAAUUAUAAAGAGGUUACCGAUUAUCACGAAGAACUCCAGAAACUUCUUCCUGAUGGCAUUGAUGUCUAUUUUGACAACGUCGGUGGAGCCAUCACAGAUGUCGUUUUCCCCAAUUUAAGAAUCAAAGGACGCGUCGUCAUCUGUGGGCAAAUUUCACAGUAUAACUUAGAGAAACCCGAGACGGGACCCCGUUUCCUCUGGAAUAUGAUCACCAAGCGCGCAAGAAUCGAAGGCUUCCUCGUCUCUGAGUUCGCCGAUCGGCAUGCGGGAGCACUCGUUGAGAUGUCAGAGUGGUUGCGACAGGGCAAGUUGAAAUACCAUGAGACGAUUGAAGAAGGUGGGAUCGAAAGCGCACCCGCGGCAUUUAUUAGCAUGCUAAAAGGCGGAAAUAUCGGAAAGCAGCUCGUUAAAAUCGCUGACAUCGACUAA